AUGCGAAUAAAGAAGUUAGAAUCUGAAAACAAGUCAUUACUGAAGAAGAUUGAUACAGAUCAGACAGAGAUUGAUUUCUUGAAAGUGAGAGUAGCUGAAUUAGUAGAAGAAAAGGCUCACAGAGAUGAGCAGAACAAAUAUUUUGAGUUGAAAAACAAAGAGCUUGAAGCUGCGAAAGCAUUGAAAGAACAUGAGUUUUACAUGUUAAACAAAGUUGUUGAGAACAUGCUUGGAACGUCGAUUGAGCAAAAGUUCGAAGAAAUACAAGUUGAAGAACUUAGGGCUAAACACCAAGCUGAGAUUGACGCACAAAUGAAAGAUAAGGGAAAAGGUGUUGAAAGCAGUGUGGCAGUAGCUGAAAGUUCAAUUGUUCCAUCUCUAGUUAUUGAGAAUCCUGUUCCUAUAUCUUCCGUAUCAGCAAUCUUUGAAGAAAAUGUUUCACUGGAAGACCUUGCUGGUGAUGACGAUGAAGAAGAUGACGAGGAGGAUGAUGAUGAAGGGGAUGAUGACGAGGAAGAUGAUGAUGAUGAUGAAAAAGUCUUCUCUGCUAGCAGUCAUGGCUCUGAUGAUGACAAUGAUGAUGAUGAUCAGGGUGGUAUGGGAAUCAAAGUAACUGAACCGUCAAGUGAAAAGACUGUUGAUGAUUAUCUGAAUGACAGUGUGAAUGAAGAAACAGAGGGAGCUGACGGAAAGGGGGAGCAUGGUGAUGAUCAAAAUGUUGAACAAGUUGAAAAGUUAAUUUUGAGAAUAGAACCUCAUUUGGAGGAAGAGUAUGAGUACAAGUAUGUAGAGGAUGCUGAUUUGUAUGAUAGGGUUGAGUUUGAAGAUUGUACUGAUGACGAGAGUGUAAAUGAAGAUACUUCUCAGUUUCCUACACUGAUGGAGUUCUUUACUGAAGAAAACAGGGAUGAGUUAAGAAGGAAAGUCGCUGAGAUUUUGAAAGACAAAAAUUUCGAUGGUACUCCUAAAGACAUGCAAAAGGAAGAACGGCAGAAGUGGUUUAAAGAUAGUCAUGAAAGAAAAUUCAAAAGGCCGUUGAAGUAUUAUCAGAGAAAUAGAAGUAUUUCACUCGGUGAUAUCAUUAGCUGGGGUUUCCUACCUCAUGUUAAUGCUUAUGCAAUAAGAAUAGAGUGUGGAGUACAAUACUUUGACCGUCUGUAUGUUGUGAUGUCUUUACCAUGGUGGGAUGUCGAAGAGUUAUCAAAACCGCAUUACCCGAAGAGAGUUACAAGGGUAGAUCCAGUGACAGGGGUUGAAGAGACUAUUCUGAACGUGAAAAAGCCGAAGACGAUGAAGAAUAUACCAGUGCCGAAGAUGGAGCAGGAUUUCUACAAAGGCUUCUUGGGCUGGUCUAAAGACCGUGAGCAAGCGAUGCAGUUUCAACAAGUUGUAUCUAUUUGUUUUCAGAAAGGCAUUAAUUCUGAAAAUAAAUGGAAUUCUAAAUGGCGGUCGCUUGAAGAGAAAGAAAGAAAGAAAGCUGAAAGAGAACGCAAGAAGCUGGAUGAAAACAGAGGAAAAUGGAUGAAGCAACAGGAUGAGGAAGCUAAGAAAGCCAAGAAAGAGAAUGAAAGGGUGAGGAACUUGCUUAGGAGGAAGCCUAAGUCAAGAGAGGAAACUUUCAAGUCACUCUAA